AUGGCGGCUGCCACAAGCAGCACCUCUACUGCGCUGCCAUUAAAACACACCGAGCUGCUACGGAAACGCAUCGACCCCAGGAGGAGACAAGCCGCGCUCUCUUUUCUCAGUAACAUUUCUCUGGACGGACGGCCCGUGCAGGACGAUGCAGACAAUCCGCCUGAGGAGGAGAGCUGUGUGGAGCCGAGGACUAGACUCAGCCUGGUUUCUCCGGAGCGAUGCGUGUCUGUGGCCAGCGCAAACACGCUCUCUCUGACAAACCAGGCGACCCAGGCUCUGCUGGCGAGCAGCCGAGCCGCGCACGGGACGGGUCCCACCUCAGGAGGAGCAGGGGCCCCCGGGGCUGCAGGGGCCCCUGUGUCUGCAGACAACGGCGAGGGAGAUGCGUUCCUGCCUGCAGCCUUCAGCUCGCCCUUCUCCGCGGUGCCCACGUCAGCCAGAGGCAGACUGCAGACAUACACUCCGGGAAUCAUGCCUGCAACCUACUCCAGACAGUCCUCCCAGAGCUACAGCCUGGAGGGCGGACAGAUAGAGCUGCAGAGAUCCAGGUAA